GCAUCGUUAGCGACGCGUUCUAAUUUCUUUUCCAAUCGGUUAAAAUAAAAGCCACAAAAUUAAACGCAACAAUAGACCCUUUGACCCCCAUACAUUCAUGAAAAACAUGGAUAAAAAUGCGGGUGAGGGUGGACAACAAAAUGAUGGAAGUAGCGGUGGUGGAGGUGGUGGCGGCGCGGCUGGUGGUGCCCAUGAUCCGGCGGCUCUGCUAGAUGCGGCCUCUUUAUUUGCUUAUUGGGGUCGUGAUCCUGCUUCUGCUGCCGCAGCUGCCUCAAAUCCUUUGUUCAACGCACAAUUUAAUGCUGCCGCAGCAGCUGGCCUAGGUUUAUUACCCAAUCCAGGUGGUGGUGGUUCGGCCAAUGAUCGUUAUUCGAUGGCAGCGGCCGCUGCUGCCGCAGCAGCUGGACAUCAUCAUCAGAACACAAUGGCGGUGGCAGCAUCACAGGCCGCCAGCUUGGCGAGCCUUCAUCCAGCAAAUUGGUGGGCUGUCACCCAACUAGCUGCCCAAGAUUAUUUCAAUCGUUUGCAAGCAUCUGGUCUAACACCUUUUCCACAUGAUUUGGCGGCGGCAUUUAAUCCAGCCGCAUUGGGUUUAGCUGGUGCUGGUGGUGCAGCGGGCAGUGCCGGAGUUGGUGGUGCUGCCGGUGGACAAAAUGCCAAUUCUGGUGGUAAUGCCGGUUCAACAGGUGGCAAUAGUAACUCGUCCGGUGGUGGUGGUGGAGGUGGCAAAUCAAGUAGUAAAUCCCGCAAAGAAAAACAACGUCAACAGCAGCAGCAACAACAGCUACAACAACAACAGCAGCAACAACAAUCAUUGGCCAAUAGCUUGAAUGCAGCAGCGGCGGCAGCUGCCGCAGCAGUGGCAGCCAAUCCCGCGGCCGCUCUAUCAAGUAUGCAUGGUCUGGUGGGUGCCGGCACAACAAUAACUCCAUCAUCGGGCCUAGGUGGCUCCGGCGGCGGUGGUGGUGGUAACAACAAUAGCGGUAGCUCUAGUAAUGCCUAUAAGAACAACUCAUCCAAUUUUGGCAAAUCGUCAUCAUCAUCAUCGUCCUCAUCGAAUCAAAUACAGGUUCAAUUGCCUCCACCACCUGGAUCGGCAUAUGAUCCGGUACAAUUGCAUAAAGAAUUAUUGGCCAUGCAACAGGCUGCAGCUGCAGCAGCGGCCUCUGGUGCACCAAGUUCAUCAAAGAAAUCCUCAUCCAAACAAUCAAAUAACAAUUCAUCAACGUCAGGUAACACUUCAUCCUCUUCUUCUUCUACUUGUUCUACUUCUACUACUUCCCAUCAUCACUUAACUGGUGGCUUAAAUACUUCAUUACCCACUAAUGUUUCAUCAUCAUCAUCAGCGAAUCUAAUAUCACCGCAUGGCUCAAUGGGGGGCGGUGGCAGUGGUGGAGGUGGCGCUGGUGGUGGUGGCUCCAAUUCUUCUUCCUCAUCAUCCUCGCGUGACAAGAGCGCCGCCGACAAGAACAAUGCUUCAUUGAACGCUUUGAAUUCCCUAUCGCAAUUUGGUGCAUUGUGCAUGACACCGCAGCAGAGUAUGCAGGCAGCGAUGAAUGCAUUUGCUGCCAGUAAUUCAGCGGCAGCUGCUGCAGCUGCGGCUGCUACAUCAGGCAAUAAUUCUGGGGGAGGUGGCUCAGCCUCUUCACAAGCUGGAGGCAAUAAUAAAUCUUCUAAAGAUUUCAUACCAACUGGAGGAUUAGGUGACCACCCCUCAUUGCUGGGAGUACGCUUGCCACCCGAUACGGAGAUCAUCAAAUACACCUCAUCUAUUGUGGGCCCCAAAAUACCCGGUACUACUUCACGUGGUCGUAAAAAGACCAUAUCAGAUGAACAAAACCAACUACAACAACAAAAAAUUGACUUAGAUUCAACAACAAAUGCUCUUUCCUCUUUGCUUGCAUUUCCAGGUCUUAGCCCAGCGAAAAGGGCGAGACUCGAAAUGGAGUAUGCUGCCAUAGCGGCGGCGGCCAAUGCCGCCCAACAACAACAUCAGCAACAGCAAAAUGCUGCAGCCGGUGGCAGUGGUGGUGCUGGCGUUGGCGGUGGUAUGGGCAAUUCAAGUGCCACCGGUUUGCCGGGUAAUCUGACUGCCUCACAAAUGGCCGUUUUGAGUGGUUCAUUGGGUGCGAACAGUACAGCAACACCGGGCUCCUCGACAUCGGGUGGUUCGUCGCAGAACACCCCGCAUCUGGAUUUGACCGGCCCCAGCAGUGGUCGCACCAGCCGUGACUCUUCCACCGAUCGUGUAGAGGUCAUUAAAUUGCCACCUACUAUUACCUCAAAUGGAGCGUAUAAUUUAUCGAAUAAAAAUAAAGAUAUCCACGAUCUGACCGGUAGUAGUACAGAUCUGAGUUCGGGUGUUAAUCUUAGUUUGAAGCCAGCUGCCAGUUCGGUAUCCAGCGCAGCAAUGGCCAGUAAUCAGAAUGUGAUCGGUGCCACAAUAACCAUUGAUGAUUUCGAUGCACCCCUUAAUUUGUCCAUGAAACCGGAUAAAUCAUCAUCAUCGAGUAAUGAUUUGUCUGGAGGUGCCAAUAGUGGUGGUGCUGGAAGUUCGGGUAAUUCGGGUGCUUCAAGUUUGCAAAGUUUGAGUUCUAUUACAGCUGCCUUGGGUGGCGGCGGCGGUGGUAGUGGUACGGGUGGUAGUGGCUCCUCGGGCAGUGGAGCUGGCGCCACUGGCAAUAGUUCCAAUUUGGGAGGUAAUAGUAGCAGCAAUUCAUCGACGGCCAAUGCAUCAAAUGAUCGAUCCUCACAACCAUCCAACUUUAAAGAGGGACGGCCAAGGAAUUUGGGUCGUGGUGUGUCAAAGCCCAAAAAGAAUACCGUGGCAUCGUUGCUGGCCCAAUCAAGGGCCGUUGGUAUCAAACCCAUGUUGGCCACUCAACAGUUAUUGCAGCAGGGAGCUGAUAUUGAAAAAAUCCGUCAGGCUUUAAGCGAAGCCAAUGCUCAAAUGGAAGUCUCAACUGACUCGGAAAGUGUGGCUGCCGAAUCGGGACUUUCUGAAUCUGAGACUGAAGAACCGAAUCUCUUAAAUGUAACAGAACUGAGAGUACCACUCGACUUAGGCUGGAAACGUGAAACCGUAAUACGUGGCCUAACCAAGGCGGGACAAAUUAAGGGCGAGGUUACUUAUUAUGCACCGGGUAGCAAUGUACCCCUUAAGUCCAUUGGACAAGUUUUCUCUUAUUUGGAAAAGAAUCCCUCAAAAUUAUUGCGUGAAAACUUUAGUUUUUCGGCCCGAGCCAUUGUGGGCACGUUCCUGCAACCGGCUCCACCACCUUAUGCCAAUGAUGGGGAAUAUAUACGCAUGACCGAUGAGGAUGUGGCCAAACGUUUGGAAGAUUUGAAAAUAUUUACACGUCAGACAUUAAAUGUCGAAGAACGUAUACAAAUUGCCAAGCAACAACAGGCUCUGCGGGAUGCUAAAAAGGCCCAAAAAGAAGAAAUGGCACGAAGUAAGGAGAAGGCACGCCAAGAGAAAAAUGAAAAGUUGGAACAACAGAAACGUGAACGUGAACUGAAGAAUCAGCAAGCCAUUGAGGCCCGCAAGAAAAAACAAGAAGAGCUGGAACGUUUGAAACAAGAGGAAAUACUCAAAAAACAACAGGAAAAGGAAAAGAAACGUCAAGAAGCUAUUUUAGCUAAAGAACAGGAACUUCAACGGCAAAAAGAAAUGCUAUUAGCUGCCGAAAUGGAACGUGAACGAAGGCGCCAACACAUGAAUCUGAUACGCCAACUGGAGAUACGCCGUAAAUUUGAAGAGCGUGAGAAAAAGAAACAUCAAAUGGUCUUGGAUCGUUUGAUAUUGCGUGAGAAGCGUUUGGCAGCACGUAAACGUGAUGCUGAAAUUUUAGCACAAAUAAGGAAACCCCAAGAGGAUUCUGAAUUGGUACAAACCAAUCAAAUACCAGAUUUGGAACGUAUUGCUGGUAAUCGUUUGCCCGGUCAGGCCAUGGCUGAUUUGUUAAUGGUCUUUGAAUUCUUGCACAAUUUCGGUGAAACUCUAGGAUUUGAUAUGGAAUCUCUGCCCACUCUACAAAAUCUCCACGAUGCUUUGGUCAGCGACAGUAAUGCCGAUGCCGAAGAAGAACUCUUGUCUGUGAUGACCCACCUGUUGGUGUGCGCCAUAGAGGAUCCCGGCAUACCGAAUCCCGGCCGACACACCACCUUGCUUGGACAAUCUUUACGUAAUGCCGACAUCACCAAUUCCAAUGUGGCGGAAAUUUUACGUAUCUAUUUGUAUGCCACUGCCACCGGGGAGAUACGCCAAAUGUUCGGUGUAGUUAUGGAUCGUGAACGUGAACGUCGUGUACCCGAUCAUCAUCAAAUCGAUUCCGAGACCGUGGUACAUUCGGGCAAAAAUGCCGAAUACUAUAAACUGUUGCAUGAAAAUGAAACCUGGAAAUUAUCACAGGCUCUCAAGGAUCGUCCAUUUGUCGCCUUGAAUCCAACUAAAAAGGCCCAGAUAUUGGCCCAUUUGUGCAAUGAUUUACUCAUGAAUAAGGCCGUGUUGAAGCAGAUCGAGAACAGCAUAGAGACAUGUAAUCAAAUGCGCAAAGAGAAAUAUAUGACUGAUAUGAAGGUGAGGAAAUACAAGGCUCUGCAUAUGCGCAAGUCACGCAUUGAGGCCUAUGAAAAAUUACAAGCCGAAAGGGAAUCGGCCAUGCAGGCAAUGGCUGCACAGCAAAAGUUGGAUGCUGAACGCCAAGAAAAGGAAAAUGCCGAAAGUGUGGGUGGUCCCAAUAACAAAGAGGCGGAUAAUGACGGCUCGGCCAGAGGAGAACAAAAUGCAAACCCCGAUACUGGCCUUGGCGAGCAAAACAACAAUGCCAAUAACAACAAAUUGGAAAGCAUGGAUAUUGAUGGUGAUACAUCUCCACAAAAACAUCCACUUGAUAAGGAUAUGAAUAACCUGCCCGCCGGUCCAUUGGAUGAUUCGAAAUUAAUGGGUCUAUCGUCAUCGGAUAUCACACCCACCAAAAUGGCCAAAUUGGAUGAUUUGUCAUCUACCUCAUAUCACAAUGGUGGUGCAGCGACGGGAGACAUCAAUGCCCUGUUGGCUGGUAAAAAGGUGGGUGGUGAUGACGCCUGCACCGAUGGUGGCAUGGAUGAAGAUAUGUCUGACAUAGAAUCAGAAAUGACAAAUGCUGAAGAAGAUGAGGAUAAUCGUUUAUCGGCCGAUGAGCUACAAAAGAAACUUGAUAAAAUCAUUAGGGCUUCGUUGAAUUGCAAAGAAGUUCUGGAGAAAUCCACAAAUCAAUUGCGGGCCACAUGCUUUGGUCAGGAUCGUUUUUGGAGACGUUAUUGGCGUCUGCCCAAGGCUGGUGGUAUUUUCAUAGAGGCAUUGGAAUCGGCACAGAAUGAUAUAUUCCAAUAUCAAGAAAUAUUGGAACAGGAGGCAGAAGAAAGGAAACUCAAUCAACCGUCAUCUGAUGACAUUCGUCAAGAAGAAGAAGACGAAGAAAAUGAGGAAACCAAGGAUGCCGCAGUAGCUGAAAUUGAAGGAAACACUAAUGAACUUCAUGAAAACAAAACCACCGCAAACAAUAAUCUUGACAAUGAUGUGGAAAUGACAAAUGCAGAAGUCACCACAAAUAACGAAGUUACAACCACAACAACAAACACAAAUACAAACGCAAACGCAACAACAGAAAACAACACCGAAGACUCAGAUGAUGAUUGUGUUGAAACCAAUCGUGUAGAACCAGAAAUCGUUGAUCUACGUGAUGAUGACGAUGAUGCACCACCGCCUCGGCCGAGUGCAAUAUCCAACAAUCCAAAUUCCGCUGGCCUUUCCAACAAUCCUUCGAUGGAGUUACCAAUGACAGAAGAUAUCGAAUUUGACAUCAAAAUGCCCCCCGCCCCUGCCAUGGCCUCUCAGAAUCUUUCUCAGAACUCUUUAACGACAAACUGUGAUAAAUCAGAUGCAAAUAAUACAAUGAUGAAUGCAAAUUCGAUGGCAACAACAACGCUCAAUAACACCACCAUAAAACCGGAUCCCAUGAAAAUUGAUGACAAAAAGGAAGACGAUUGUAUAAUUGUCUCCUCGUCCGGGCCAACGGAUAUCAAACCAUUAAUGCAGCCACCAGAACCACAAGAGAAAUGGUUUUCCAUUGUUAAUCGUGAAGUGCCAUUAACAACAACCGAACCUCAAAAUGCUACCAAUCUCAAAGAAUUCCAAAAGAUGUACUCCAACAUAACGUGCAGUUCGCAAUAUCAGAUCCAAGGCCAUCCCUGGGAUCUGCCCAACAAUGUCCAGUAUUUCACCGUUACCAUGGAUGAUUGCAAAGCCGAUCUAUCGAAAUUAACACAAGAAUGUAUUAUCUCCCUCUCCGGUUUGGAUCAGGACGAAAUUGACAAGAAACUAAAAGAAUUCGAAGAAAAAUUACAAAAUUCAAAAAACUCCUUGGAGACUCCUCGUCAUCAUCAAAUGAAAACUGAAUGCGGUGAAAGCGACAAUAUGGAUUGCGAUGACGAGGAGGUGGGUGAAGAAGCUCUGGACAACAAAAAACCAUUGGUAAAACAUGAAAUGGAAACGAAAUUUUUUCCUUUUCCCAAGGACGAGGUGAAUGAUAGCGGGGGUGGAACAGCAGGAGGCAGCAGUGGCGGCGGCGGGACUGUUAGUGGCGAAUGCGGUGACAUCUAUGAUAUAAAACCUAAAUUGGAAAUAAAGCUGGAUGAAGCCUUGCAAACAUCAUUACAAAAUAUGCACAAUAUGUCGCUGACAAACAUCAGCAACUUCAUACAAUACGAUGUGCCGACACCGCUACAAAUGACCCUCGAAGAAUCACAAAAGUUAGAGGAAAUCAAACGUGAGGGGUUUCCUAAAAAAGUGAAAAAUAGUUUCGUACCCUACGAUCUGCGUUACAAUUGGUGGAAAAUUGACACGAUGGAACUCUUGCAACAGGUCAUUAACUCCCUGAAUUCUUCGGGUCUGCGAGAAAAAGAAUUGAAAGAGAAUCUGACCCGUUUCAUUAGCCAAGAGAUACCAUUGGGAUUGCCCUAUCCAAUGGGCGAGCCAAAAGAAAAUGAUCCACCAUUCGUGUUGCCCGAUAAACCCAACGAUUGGACACCAAAAAUUGCCAAACGUGUGGAAAUGGCAUUGCUAGAACAAUUGGAGGCACUGGAAGAUAAAAUCGCCUCAGCCUCAAUGCAAUUGAAAAAUUGGGUGCUGCCACCACGAAUUGAAUCGGAGCUGAAUUUAGAAAGUGAUGCCGACAUUACAGAAGAGGAUUUUAUUAGCAUUAUACCGAUGAUAAGGGAACGUAUUAUCGAUUUAGAAGCCAAUAUUGAAAGGCGCUAUUUGAAACCACCACUAGGGGCACAUACGGGUGAUGCCCACCUAGCUGCCAUUGCUCAAAAUCAACAGAAUACCCAAACACAAAAUUCCGCCAAUGCGGCAGCGUACUAUCAACAAAUGCAACAACAACAGCAGGCUGCUGCUGCCCAACAGCAACAACAACAGCAAGCAUUCAAUCCAUCAGCAUUCAAUGAACGUGCAAUGGCUUUGGCUGCAAAUAAUGCUGCUGCAGCAUCGAAUAGUAACACAGAUGCCCAAAAUUCAACACAAACGCACAAUGAAAAUAAUUCUGGUGGCGAUUCACCUUCCAGCAAUUGUGAUAGUGAUAAAGAUGAAAAGGUGGAGAAUAUACCGAAAGGUUUGGUAUCAUGGCGUGAUGCUGUCUCUCGUUCACAUACCACGGCACAGCUGGCCAUGGCAUUAUAUGUACUGGAAUCGUGUGUUGCCUGGGACAAGAGCAUUAUGAAGGCGAAUUGCCAGUUCUGCACAUCUGGCGAGAAUGAGGAUAAGCUAUUGCUGUGUGAUGGCUGUGAUAAGGGUUAUCACACCUAUUGUUUCAAACCGAAAAUGGAAAAUAUACCCGAAGGCGAUUGGUAUUGCUAUGAAUGCGUCAACAAGGCCACCAAUGAACGCAAAUGCAUUGUCUGUGGUGGCCAUCGCCUACCGCCCGUGGGCAAAAUGAUUUAUUGUGAUUUGUGUCCGCGUGCUUAUCAUGCCGAUUGUUACAUUCCUCCACUGUUGAAAGUGCCUCGUGGCAAAUGGUAUUGUCAUGGUUGCGUUUCAAAGGCACCACCACCGAAAAAACGUUCCUCCACCAGCAAACCUCGCCGUGAUCGUGAUUCAUCCUCAUCCACCUCGCUGUCAAAACGCAAAGACAAACAUCACAAUACAUCGUCCAGCUGUGAACAAUUAAAUACAUCGACCGAUCAUCAUAAUUUGCACAAUUCAUCACACGAUGAAUCAAUGACUUCCUUGCCGCCACCAUUAAGUCCCGCCCAUUCAGUGGCUUCCACCUCCUUUGAUGAUCAUCACAAUAACUCCAUAGAUACAACGCGCUUCCAAAAUCAAGUUAGCAAUCGUCAAGGAGCUAUGAGUCCGCAUAGCAACACCACCGCCACUACCACCCACAAUGAAUACAACAACGAUAACAGCAACAUGGAUCCCAGUGGAAUUAGUACAUCCAACAGCAAUGCGCCUGCAGUUAAUCAUGGCCUCUUAAUAUCUGCCCAACACCAACAAUUGAUGGGUGGUAAUCUUGCCGCCAUGGCAGCUGUACAAAAUCCCACAACGCCACAGACACCCAUGUCCAUGCCCAUGACAAUGCCUUCUCAGCAACAGCAGCAACAACUUUUCAAUACAAUGACAACAUCAUCAUUGCUGCCGCCUCAAUCUCAGGCCAUGUCAUCAUCACUGUUUGCCAAUUUGGCCGGCUCGCCUGGCAUUGUGGGUUUGAAUCAAGCAAACAAUCAUUUACCACCAUACUCAAUGAAUUCCACUGUGGUGGGUACAUCUCUGAUACAACCACCACCACCCACCUCAAUGGGCAUCCCUAGUAGCGGUUCAUCGCAACAACCCCAACAAAUGCCACCUGUUAGCAAUCAACCAAUGCCCAUUAUACCCAGCCAAUUACCAAUUUCCAUCAAUAUGCCAGUAUUAUCAGCAGCCGCAACAUUACCCACGUCGAUGACAACAGCGGCAACAUCUUCGUCUACAUCUUCGUUAAUGUGUUCAACCACUUCGCCACAACAUUCCCUAACAUCACCACGUUCCUCAACACCCACCCAGGGCCAGCAACAAUCAAUGCAUUUUAAUACACCAAUGCCGCAACAAUUUCAACAACAUUCACCACAACUAAAUGCUCCAGUCCCGGCCACAUCACCAGCAGCAGCGGCAUUAACACCACCUAUUGGUGGCGGUGGUGGUGCCACAAACACAUCGACAGCAUUAGGUCCACCACCACCCCUUAACAUACAUGCAGUGCAGGAGGCUAAGGAGAAAAUGAAACAGGAGAAAAAGGAGAAACAUGCCACCAAAAAACUAAUGAAGGAGUUGGCUGUGUGUAAGACUGUUUUAGGGGAAAUGGAGCUCCAUGAAGAUUCAUGGCCAUUUUUAUUGCCAGUAAAUACCAAACAAUUUCCUACCUAUCGUAAAAUCAUUAAAAAUCCUAUGGAUUUGUCAACUAUAAAGAAAAGACUACAAGAAUUAAGCUAUAAAAGUCGUGAAGAUUUCUGUGUUGAUGUACGGCAAAUAUUCGAUAAUUGUGAAAUGUUCAAUGAAGAUGAUUCACCAGUGGGUAAAGCUGGUCAUGGUAUGCGUAAAUUCUUUGAAAUGCGUUGGGCUGAAUUGACCGAUAAACAUUCAUGAUAUCAAUUGCAACAACAAC